GUGGUAAUCUCCUUCUGUUAUAUGUGAGCCUACAGUGUUAGUGAGAACAUCUCUGCAUUAACAACUGAAUUAUAAGUGUUUGUCGAUCUUCCAUUUUAAGAGAUCGGAUAGGGAUAAUGGCGAUAGGACGGAUAAUCGUUUUAUCCGCGUUAGUCGCCCAAGCAUUAUCUGCACCAAGUGGCUGCAUAGAAACUUGCAACUUUUACGAAACAGCUUAUCAGAGCCAUGCUACAUCGGGCGGUUAUCAAGAUCAUUCGAAUUUGAUUCAGGCAAGCACGAAUCUAAAUGAUAAUAAUUAUGCCAAACCAGGAAACUGGACUGAACAUAAUCAAUACAGCACGGAUAGUGGUCAUGGAAAAGUCCACGAAGAACGAGGGCAAUAUGUGGAAGGAUCGAAAAGGGUACGAUAUUACAAGAAGAACUUCACCUCGUCCUACGGCACGGGACGUAACGUGAAUGCAGUGAAUACGGCGGAAUUAGGCGAAUUAAGUGGACAACACAGAUAUGAUUCGAUACGGGUACCAAGUAACCAGCAUUUGGAAUCCCAAAGCACAUAUAAUCAAUUAGGACAAACAGUUACAAAAGAAACCGGAUACAAUAGGGUGCACAGCCAACAGACACAAUCAUCAUCAACGAGAAUCGAUAGCAAGAGCGAGAGACUGGAAGAUUUUGGAGAAUAUGGCGGACAUUCGCAGGUUCAACACGUCCCCAACAUCAGCUCUCAAACUAUCGGUACACAGCAUCAUGUCGAAACAAUCCCUGAAAACUGGAGUAGAGUAGAUUCUUAUAGGACCGACGGAGGUCGCGGACAGGUCUUCGAAGAGGAAGGUCAAUAUGUAACCGGACCUAAGAAGGUUCGUUAUUACAAAAAGAAUUACACCUCCAGCUACAGCACGUCUGGAGUUCCUCAAACCUCAAGCAUUGGUUCGGCGACAGUAAACGAAUUGCACAGUGAAUUGCAAAGAAACUUGCAUAAAGAGCUCGACAGUCUUAGAAAAGAUCUUCAUCAGGUCUCUAGCAUCGGACACACCGCCGCUACUUCGCACAUAGAUUCGACGAUAGGUUUGACUCACGAAACGUCCGGUUUCCACGAUCUGCAAACCGCCGAGAGUGAGGGCUACAGAGAACAUUUGGGCUACCGACGCGUUCCGUCCACCGGAACCGAGCAUCGUUAUACCGAGCAACAGCAGACGUUCACCAAUACGAGGCAGCAGCUGCCAUAUCCAACUGCGGCUCCAGAUACAUACGGCACGGAAAGCCAAAGAACUUACCAGAGCCACGAGACCUAUAUGUCCCGAGUGCAUCCCGCGCCUCAACCUGGUCAUUUGUCUCCUGUCCCUUACGUACAAGUUCCCAGUAGUAGUUAUCAGACGAACUAUCAUAAUGUGCAUUCAAGUGGACAUCACCUGGACGAGACCCGUCGCGCAGAAGUCUUAGGUGCGCAUCACUCCAGUGUCAGCCAGAAUCAGCUGCUUACCGAGAGUUCCCGUGCGUACAAUCCGCAUUCAAGCCAUAUCACCUAUCCCAGCAGAAAUGGCGAAACGAGACACUACGAGGAACACUGGAGUUCCUCCAGUCACGCGGGAAGGAACGUAGCUCCCGAACGAAUUUCUGUGGACCAUUCCGGUGCCGGUUACACGGAAAGAGCGCAUUACGAUCGGGAUGCCUAUAACGAGCAACACGGACGUUAUCAUUCCGCACAGGGUUACGAGUCUCGUGCGAGUAGUAGCAGCAGCAAUUAUGAUUCAGCGUACAGAACGAGUUCGUCUGGACAGCUCGUCACCGGGUCGCGGGACGUGGGACACGUGGGACACGUAGGACACGCGGGACACGUAGGACAUGGUGUCGAUUGCACCGAAGAAACUCAUCAGCAAUAUCAACAGGAAACCAGAUAUCACAGAAAGUAUAAGCGAGACGUUCAUCACGGCGACGUGCAGCAACAUCAAACAACUGACAACGAGGAUUUCACGCAACAGAAUCAGGAGUUCGGUCAAGAGUCACAACAAUUGGAAGAUCUGACACAACAGAAUGAACAAUUUACACAGCAGACAGAAGGUCAGCUUGAAUUUGGUCAGCAAACUGUCGACAAAUCACACUUAGAAAACUUGACACAACAGAGUGAACAAUUUACACAGCAGACAGAAGGAUCUGAUGAUUUUACACAGCAAAGUGGCAAACUUGAAUUCGGUCGACAAAUAGAUGUUAAUCAACAUUUAAUACAGCAAAAUGGACAGCUCGCACAGCAAACGGAAGGUCAACUUGAAUUCGGGCAGCAAAUUGUCAAUAAUCAGAAUUUAGAGCAGGAUUUAAUGCAGCACUUUAUGAUGCAAGGAUCUGAUUUUACGCCACAAAGUGACAAACUUCAAUUUGGAGAACAAACUGACGAAACUCAACAAUUAGACCAAUUUUCACAGCGAACAACAAGAUCAGAUGAUUUAACGCAACAAACUCAAUUAGAUAAACAUGAAUUUAGACCGCACAUUGUUGAUAAUCAACAUUUAGAAGAUUUGACACAACAAAGCGAACAGUUUUCACAGCAGAGAGAUGGUCAACUUGAAUUUGGACAACAAAAUAUUGGUAAUCAGCACAUAGAAAACUUAAAAAAGCAAAGUGAACAACAAACAGGAUCAAAUUUUACGCAACAAACAAUUGGGAAACUGGAAUUCGGUCCACUGCUACCAAUGGAUAAAUCUAACAAGCCAAAAAGUCAACAUCUAGAGGAAUUCAAUCACCAAAAUGCAGAUUUCUCUCAACAGGUAAGCGAAUUUGAUGAUUUUACACAACAAACAAUGGGACAAUUAGAAUUUGGACAACAAGUGCAGCAAACGCAUAGAUCUAAUAAACCAAAAGUCGGCAGUCAACAUUUGGAAGACAUGACUCAGCAAAACGAAGAUUUAACUCAGCAAAUUGGAAGAUUCGAUGAUUUCUCACAACAAACAGCAGGAAGUUUGGAGUUUGGACAACAAAGAGAACAGAAACCUAGUUGGCCAGGAUAUAAUACUCAGCGUCUGGAACAUUAUUCUCAACAAAAUAAUUGGGAUGUAGAUGACCUCUCGCAACAAUCGCAUCGAUAUCCAUCUUACAACAAUCGAAAUAACGAACAAUCUGAAUUAGAACAAAUGUCACAACAAACGGAUUUUAAUCAAGAUUUCACUCAACAAAUUAAUCAAAACCAACAAUUAACAACUGGUCUGAAACCAGCACCGAAACCAAAACCAAGACAGCGAUAUCAAAAACAUGAUUCCAUUCUAUCACAUACAGAUGGAACAGAUACAAAUCUUGAUGUUUCCAGACCAAUUGAGGUAAGUCCAGAGGUUGAUGUAGACAAUCUUCGCGAAAGGAUGAUCCAGCAUGGCAAUCGCGUAAUCGCGGAUCCAUAUCCUGAAUCCAAUCCUCAUACAUCGAAGGUUUCAUAUUCGCAAGAAAGUAGCGUAUUCGAUAACGAAAAGGAAAACAUGGAUCGGUUACAUUGGGUGCAUAAAUCAAAUGAUGCUACAGUAGGAUUGCAAUGGCAUUAUACUUAUCAUCCAAGUGAUUUAACUAACGUUGAAGGUUCACAGGACAAUUAUUAUCCUCGUUUAAAUGUUAACUCGAUGUCACAGCAAACAGAAAAUAUACAACAACAAUCAAGACCAUUUGACUUUAAUCAACAAGAAGUACAGAAUAAGCAUACGUUUGAAGAUGAACGUCAAAAUUUAUAUAUUUCUCAAUCACAAGCGCAACAUGAUCAACAGUCAGAAUCAUUUCAACAAACUGAAACAUCCCGUUUUGACAAUCAGUUCAAUCAAAAUUCUGAACAGAUUCCAUCAAAAGUAAUUCCAUUGCAAAAUACUGAAAUUUCUCAGCUGACUUUAGAACAAGAUAGACACUCAUCACCAACUACAGAGCAAACGGGAGAUAAAAUAGAAUCCCGAAUUUUGCAAGCAUAUGGUGGAGGACCAUAUACAUCGCGUAAUGAUGAUUUUUAUAACAGAAUUAGGCCGAAUCCUAGCGCUACCUUGGCACCUAUGGAUGGUGACGAUCCAUGGGAUAUCAGAGAAAAACCAAGGGAAACAAUGAUACCUCGAACAUGGUCCACAGUGCACAAUAUACCAGAAAUUGCAGAUACAACAGAAGUGACAGAAACUACAACACAAAUAAUAGAGACUACAACCCAACCAUCCUUCUGGAAUAAACUUGGUCAUAAAAUAACUAGCACAUAUGACAAGGCUAAAGAAAGAGCCAAGGAAAUUUUUGGCUAGAUAUUGUUUAUUUUAUUUAAAAAUUACUUAUUUAAACAAAAUUUCUUUCACAUUUUGAGUUAAGACAUUGAAUUUUUACAUUUAUUUAAGUAAUGUAUGUAUAUUUACCAAUUUAUAUUUACCAGUUACCAAUAAAAAAAUCAAAGCGAAUCAAGAAUGAAACACAUAAUCAUUAUAUCAUAAGCUCAUUUUUAAUUCUUAAUUAGUAUUAUUGUAAAACAUUAUUAUUGUAAAACUAAGAGAUAACUUUCAUUAUUUUAUAUAAAUAAAAAUAUAUUUUCUUUCUUAAUAGAAGUAUUAUGUCUCUUUUGUAUACAUAAACAUUAAAAAAAUGUUCAGAUCUUCACUUAAA